AUGAGUGUUGAAGCAGAGUUUACUGUAGGGCCUGAAAACCAAAUGGAACUUUGUGGAGAACCCGAGAAUCCCUCUUCAUCUAAGGAAAAGCUGAGUAUGGACCUGCUGUCCGUGAAACAGGAAGAAGAGGGAGGAUCCUCUGUUUGGGCCUCAUCCAUGUCCAUGGAAGGUGAUGUUACUGUCACUCACGAUGUUGAUGUGGUGAAGAUGGAAUAUGGUCCAAUCCCACCCGAUGGCUUCUUGUCAAAGUCUGCUGCCCCAGAGCUUGUGAACGUGACAGGAGAUAGUAUCCGCCCGAACCAGGUGGAUUCUCUGUCUGAUGAUUUCACUAGUCUCAGGAAAGAUGACCUGAUGCACAAUCCUGGUAGUAAUGCACUCAUAGGAGGAACCAAGAUCUGCAAUGUCUCUGUAGAUGAUCAAAAAGUCUCGGCAACAUCUGCUUUGGAAGCUGGGCCAAAUACAUCGCAAAUAAGUCCUGCUAUGGCACAAAGAAUCAAUGAUGAUAUAAAAUACCAGUUAAGGAAGGAAGUUCGAAAAUUUGGGCGAAAGUAUGAAGGAAUUUUCAAUUUGCUUGAAGGAGUGCAAGGACCUCUUGCAGUGAGGAAACAAUUUAUUGAAUUUACUAUCAAGGAAGCUGCAAGGUUCAAAAGACAACACUUAAUUCAGUACCUUGAGAAGGUACUAGAAAAAAUAGAAUCCCAUCACCUUCUCAAGAACGUUAAUCACAUCAACAGGAGAUUAUGAUGUUAACGCAAAGACCAAGGAGGAAAAAAGAAUAAGUGUUCUGUGUUGUAGGAUGGAAUGGGAUAUUGUUGACUAUCCUACGAUGUUUUAGUCAAGGGAACUGCCUUCCAGAGGCUAAGAAAUAGCAGUGGAGCUUUUUGUUUUCAGAUUCUCUGGCAGUAAAAGCUGGCUUUUGCCCUAUGAGUUUUCUUUGAAAGUAUUAGUUGGUUGUUUUGUUGUUACUUUUCCCAAUUGAGGAAGGUGAUGUUAUUAAGCCAGCAGGUUAAAAUCAGUCAACCCUGUCGCCCCUACCACAUGUGAUAAGGGUUCACUCUUGAACUUGGCCGUCCUGGGCAUUUCCAGAGUGACUAGGGGCCACGUGCAGGUGGGGCACUACUUGGUGCUCUUACUAUGUCCUUUAGAAAGAAUAGGUGUUCAGAGGCCAACUGGUAAUCUUGUGUGUGCUGAACAAAGUUUUCAACCAUUCCUAGCUGUGCCUUUAAAACCAUGC